GGAACAGGCGAACACUAAUUCUCUUCCUCUUUCAUUUCAAACAACUGCCCAACACCUACAAAACACCAACGUUUCUGUUGCCUGGAGUACAUUCAUUUUGCUUCUUCUUUAACAAACACAAACAAGUCUACAGAAGCAGGCAGGAUGUCUGUGACCAUGGCCAAGGCUGAUGGGGUCACUGUGUUCACUUUGACCUCUGAUCCCCAAAGUUCUUGUCCUCCACUGUGCCAAAUCCUGAAGGGCCUUUGUUACAGCCCUGUGUGCUGCUCUGUGUCUCAGCACUUGAAGAGAGUCCAGAAAAGUUCUCAGUCUGUACUCGGGGCUCUGCAUAUUAUGGUUGGGUUGCUCAACAUUGGCCUCGGAGCAAUCCUCUCUAGUAAUGAUGGUAUCAUUUGGUGGCUAAAUGGCAUUGGAUUUCCUUUUUGGUUAGGAGCACUGUUUAUGUUAUUCGGUGCCAUGAGCAUUUUGUCCGAGAAGUGCCCAAGUCGAUGUCUCGUCAUCCUCAGUGUGAUUCUCAAUCUAGCAGGAGUUGCCUUUGCCAUUACAGCCAUCGUACUCUACAGCAUAAGUAUGCCAUACACAGGGCCUUGGUGGAUGUGUGAUAAUUAUGGCUAUUCACGAUACAAUACUCAAUCUCCUCAUCAGGACAUCAUGGAAGAGAAAUGCUUGGAGGCCAAAGCACUGAUCGUGAUGAUCCGUAAAGGCAUCACUGCUGUGCUGAUUGUCCUGUCGGUCCUGGAGCUCUGUGUCAGCAUCAGCUCUGCCGUCUUGGGGAUCAAGGCUCUGAGGAGCAGUGAGAAGAAAGAAAACAAGAGCACUGAUGACCCAGAACAUUGCAAACCACUGCUGGAGGACGUCACCAAUAACCUUUUGGUGACAGUCUAAAUAAAAAUCUCUGCUGUAUUGUCAUCUGUUAUUAUAAUCCUUUGAUGGUUGUGUGUCCUGUAAUGUCCAUGAUUUUGAAGUAUCUGGUCCAAUCUCUGUCAAAGUUCUGGUAUAAGAAGAGUUGCAGUAUUUCUGGUAAUCUGCACUAAACUGUAUAUGCUGCUGUCCGUUUCAUUCUCUGAUAUUUUUUAGCUGAAUGAGUAUUUUCUAUUAAAUAAUAUGCCUUUACAUUCAAUAUAUUUGUGGGCAAAAGGAAAGUUCAUGUAGGCGUGUGUGAUAUCAAUCAAUUGUUUGCUAUUUUCCAAAAUGAAUCUAUUCAAACAAUGACUGUUUCUGUAUUACCUUGCCGUUUGUAUUUCUGCAAGUAGUUGUGCUAUUUGUGUACAAAUCGAUUAAAAUAAAUGAAAGUUAAAUUGAGUGACUGAAACCAGUCUAACGUAAACAUCCAGUCGUUUAACCUGUUUUGAAUAUAUA